AUGUUCAAUAACCAAUACCCCAAUCCCAUGUUCAAUAAUCAGUAUUUUGAAUUGAUUCGAGACAAUUAGCAAUUUCAACCUUAAAAAGACUCUACCCACUCACUUUACGUUGACGGAAUUCCAAAUGAUGCGCAAGAACGAGAAGUGGCACAUAUUUUUCGUCCUUAUCCAGGGUUCCAAAGAGUCCGUCUAAUUAAAAAGUAAACACAAAAGGGAAGAGAAUAUUUGCUCUGCUUCGUAGAUUUCGAUGAUGCCUUCCAAGCUACUAUAGUUAUGCAGACUCUUCAAGGAUACCGUUUUGAUAAAAAUGACAAGACAGGCCUCAAGAUUUAUUUCGCAAAUAACCCAAAAUAAGAGAAGCAAAACAAAAAAUGACAUACUAAAGUAUAUAAUGAGUAAUUUAUUAU